GUUUAACAAAGAAAAGCUUUCCAGGUCCAAGACUUCUGGAGGCUGGAAGAAGGGGUUUAGAGGGCUUUGUGGUUCCCCUCUGUCCCGCCCUAAAGUGGCUGUCCAUGACCCUGUCCCAGCCAGCCUGGCCCCAGGCAGCAGGAUGAGAGGGCUCCGAUGGCGCUACACCCAGCUGCCAACCCAACCAGAUGACCCACUGCCAGGAGAGAAUGAGCCUGAGGUUAUGGCCCAGGCCAUGCCAACAGCCCAGAGCCCAGGCAUUGAAGAGGCUUGGGUUCCCACCCUAGGAGAGAGCAAAGUCCUUCAUGUGGAGGAAUUCAGGCAGCUCAUCCCACACUUUCCUCCUCGGUUCAGUGGCCACUCCUGGACACUGGUUUACUGCACUGCAAGGGACGGUUUCAGCCUGAAGAAUUUGUAUCGGAGGAUGGAGGGCCAGAGCUCCCCUGUGCUCCUGGUCCUCAGGGAUAGGGAUGGCCAGGUGUUUAAGUGGACGGGCCGGAAUUCUUUCUUCGUCAAAGGAGACCUGGACUUGCUGGUAAUGGGCAGUGGCAGUGGCCAAUUUGGGCUGUGGCUGGAUGGGGACCUGAACCACGGGGGCAGCCACCCCUGCGCAACCUUCAACAAUGAAGUCCUGGCAGGCCAGGAAGAAUUCUUCAUACAGGAACUAGAGGCCUGGGCACUGAGCUGAGGAGCCCAGAAUGGCCAAGGCUGCUCGGCGCUCCUCACUGUGGGCCCUGCUCACCACCUCCUUCCUCCGGGGACUGGUAUAACAGAAGAGGGGUGCACAAGCGGCUGGCCUGAGCUUCUUGGUUAGCUAUGGGAACAGCUGUGGCCCUGCACCUACCAAAAGGCUCGUAUAACUAGGGCAGAUACCAUCUUAGAAGUACGCUGGGGCUGCAAAUGACUGUUUGCAUUGGAUAAACCUGAAUUGCAGGUAGCUCUCCUCAGAACUCCCAAAUAAGCUGCCAACAAAUCCUACAGAAAAAGAGGAAAUCGGUUCCUGACAAGACCGCUGUGCACUAAGGGCCCAGGGAACACUUCCCCUCAACCCUACCCUAUCCCUUAAUUUUUUUCCUGGGAGAUUUAUUACGGACACAAUAAAAGGGCACAUUUCACA